GGGCGGCAUCGGUCCUGGAGCCCGGAGCUCCAGGCAGGCGCUAGUGCACGCGGCAGUGGUGUCUGGCGGCGGCGGCGGCGGCGGCGGCGGUGGCAGCAGUAGCGGCGGCGGCGGCGGGGCUGGCUCCCACCCGGUGAACAUACUCACACGCGGGCACACGCGCGCCUGCGCGCUCUGGAAACAAUGCCCCCGGUGUCGGGGCCGGGGGCUCCACGGGACAGGGGUCCCGACUCCGCGGGACCGGUCUGGGGGCCUAGCGGCGGUAGAGUUCUUUCUGCAGAGACUGGCCCAGACUGGAGCCCAGGACGCGAAGGGCUUCUGAUCCUCCCCAGCCUGCCUUCCUCCUCUGCUGAGGGGCCCUUGCGAAAUCCCAAGGCCUCCCUCUCUCCUCACAGGGAGCGCUCUGGGGACCGGCACGGACGCUAGUGGGGAGCGCGGCCCAGCAUGAGCCUGGCCACCUCCCCCCCAACAUGCACCAGGCCAUCCCUGUGACCUCCAGGCUUCCGAAGAUGUCUGCCUGCAAUGAGUUCGUGGAGCACAUCUGGAAACCCGGCUCCUGCAAGAACUGCUUCUGCCUGCAGAGUGCCCACCAGCAGUCGCCAGCACCCACCGCCCAGCCCGUCAGGCCCGGGAGGACCCCCCCAGAGGAGGAGGGCUUCAACCUGUCCCCCUGCUCCAAGCCCACCAUUGCAGUGAAGCCCACCAUGAUGAGCGCAGAGGGUGCAGACAUGGGCUCUGAGGCCCCACAGGUGCUGUGGAGGCCCACGCCCAGCAAGCUGCCUCUCCAGGAGCCCCGAGAUGCCCUGAGGACUUUCUCCGGCAGAGACCUUGGCCCUUGUAGCCUGGCCGCCAGCUCCCGCCUGGGUCUGCUGAGGCUGGCAAGACCGGGGAGCAGAGACGCCCCCUCCCCAGACUCUGGGGGGCACGUGGAGGGUGCCAGCCCUCCCGGUCAGGAGUCAGUGCUCCCUGCCUACCAGAGCUUCCACCAGAAGUUGGCCACCUUCCUAGAGAGAGCUGGGGGCAGCGCCGCCCCCCACAGCGGGAUCGUGCCCACUGCUUUGAGGGCCAAGGAGCUGCAGAGCUCGCCCCAGAGAGACCCCGAGGGCGGUGAAUACUGCUCCAUUGCGGACUGUUGUCCCACGAGCACGUUGCCCCCGGCAGCAGGGCCAGGCCCCGGACGUGGGCACGGGAAGGAUGGGCCUGUGCCCCGGGGUGCAGACGAGGCUGUCUCUCCCAGUGAGGAGGGCUGGGGCCCCAGCCUGAGGAAGGAACACUGCUGCCAGUCCCGUCCGGAGCACGUCCACCCUUUGGCCUUGGCCCAGAGGAAGCUGCCCCAGGCCUUGGAGGCGGCCAGUCUGUCUGAUGGCCCAUCCAGCCUCACUGCUGGGUACAUGGAUGGCGACUACUGCUCCCUCUCAAGGCAGCCUGAGCCGAGGUGGCCUUGUGGCCCAGGCCCCCGUGGGGAGAGCCCCAGCAGAUCCCCAACCCAGUCCUCUGAAUGCAGCCCGCCCGAGCCCAUCUACGCUGAGGUCACCAAGAGGAAAAAGCCAUACUCGGCAUCCUCCGACCUGCCGGGCACAAACAAGCAAAGUGGAUGCGACCCAGGCCAAGGCCUGGCAAGUGACAUUUGGGGCCAGGGGAGGGCCAGGCCCGACACGGGAGCUCAGGUGGCAGCCACAGUGACCAUCGUGGCUGCCCACCCAGAGGAUGACCGACGCACCAUCUGUCUGCGGAGUCCUGACUCGGCCGUGGGUGUGCAGUGGCCCUGUGAGCAUGUGGGGCCAGGCCUGGAUGACACCCCUACCCAGAUACUGGAACUGCCGCCUCACAACCACCUGCCUGGCCCAAGGGGUGAGGAUGUGGAAAGAAGAUGCCCAGCUAUCCCCCCAAAGGUCUGCAAGGGGAGCCCUGGAGGGGCUCACGGGUCCCCGGAAGGCUCUCCUCUGGUCCAGUUCAAGGAUGGGCACUGGAACCAGCCAGCCGUCUCAGGCCUCACAGAUGUUUCUGCCUCUCUCUCUUCCCCUGGUACCAGGGACCUCAUUCGGGGCUUGUUGCCAGCCCAGUCUUCCUCCUGGGACCAAAGAAGGCCCCGCUUUCAGGUGGGAGCCAGGAGCUACCAGGGCAGGAUAGAGGAGGAGGAGGAAGAGGAGCAGCAACUGGAUUCAGGGCCAUCCAGUCUGGGAACGGCCAGGGAGAUGGAGACGACUAGCCAUACUCGGCGUCCCCGGGCCGAGAGUAUCUCUGAGCAGCCUAGCCGAGGGGACCGAGGAACUGGACUGGGCAUGAGUAAGUCAGCCUCCUUUGCCUUCGAGUUCCCCAAAGACAGGAGUGAAGUGGAGAAGUUCUGCCCUCCUCCCCCUCCUCCGAAAUCAAGGCAUCUCCUCAGAAUGAACAAAAGCAGCCCUGACCUGGAACAGGCCAGCCACGGUGUGGCGGAAAGCCUCAGCCCCCCCGGGUUCGGCGGACUCCAUGUCCAUUUCACCACCGGCUCCACGGACAGCCUGACCUCUGACUCGCAGAGCUGCAGUGAAGGAGGGCUUUCCUUGGAGCCAGCCUGCUGUCCUUCCUCUGCUCCAGUGGCUUCCCCUGUGCAACCUGAGGAGGAUGAGUCCACCCAUGGGCCCUUGCAGCCCCCUCCCCUGCCCCAGAAGAGGACGGUCAGCCGGGCCGCAUCCUCUCCCGACGGUCUCUUCUUGACCCAGGGCUCCCUGGUCCACCGGACCACAAGCCCCAGGCUGAACCCCAGCCACUCUGAAACGAGCAUCUGCUUCCCUGAAGACUCUCGUUCCACAGGGAGGGGCCCCGAGGCCCAGCUGCCGGGGUCCCAGGGCUUGUCCCUGGCCUCCUCUCAGCUCAGCGUGUCCAGCCAGACCUCUGCCUCCAGCUGCCCUCCGCAGCAGCAGCCCAGUCUCCUCGCCAGCAUCGCCAGCAAAGAGGCCACCUACGCCAAGCUCAGUGACCUCUACACCCAGUCCCUUCUGCGCCUGGCUGCCAGGUGCGAGCAACACUUCAUGGGGGAUCAAGGGUCAGAGCCGCUGCGCUUCAGCGAGAACAGCUGGUCUCUCUUCAAGCUGACACGCAACCAGCCCUGCUGCCGUUCUGGAGAUGCCGUCUACUACUGUGCCACCUGCUCCCAGGACCCCUCCCGCGCCUACGCUGUCAAGAUCUGUAAGAUGCUGGUGUCCAAGGAAGCCCCUUACAGCGAUGAUCUGUCCGUGCCUAUUCACUUCAACCUGCAGCAGGACUGUGGCCACUUUGUGGCCUCAGUGCCCUCCAGUAUGCUGCUGUGUGCAGGGGAGCCUCAGGACCAGGACUGUGUGGUGGUGAUCACCCGAGAGGUGCCCCACCAGACGGCCGCAGACUUCGUGAAGGACUCGGCCUCCCGCCACUGGGCCGAGCCAGAAGCCUACGAGCGGCGGGUGUGCCUGCUGCUGCUGCAGCUGUGCCAAGGGCUGGAGAGUCUCAAGGAACAGAGCAUCACACACCGGGCCCUGUGCCUGGAGAACCUGCUGCUGGUGCCUUGCCCGGGGACCUCCCCAGGGGACCAGUCUCUGCCCCGACUCCUCAUCAGCAACUUCCUUCAGGCCAAGCAGCAGCCCCGGGGCGGCGGUGGGGUGGAUGAGCAGCAGAGGAGGACCCAGGCGCGCCUGGCACCCGAGAUUGUGGCCGCUGCCCAGUACAAGAAGUUUGACGAGUUCCAGACAGGCAUCCUCAUCUACGAGCUCCUGCACCAACCCAACCCCUUUGAGGAACAGGCCCAGCUGCAGCGGCAGGACUACCAGGCCGAGGACCUGCCCCCCGUGCCCACUCUGUCCCUCUACUCAGCCGGCCUGCAGCGGUUGGCCCACCGGCUCCUAGAGGCUGACCCCAUCAAGCGGCUGCACAUCGCCGAGGCCAAGCGGGCCCUGCAGUGCCUGCUGUGGGGGCCACGGCGGGAGCUGCUGCAGGGCCAGCUGCAGAACUGGCUACACAUGAAGAGGGCCCUGCUCUUGAUGAAGCUGGCUGAGAAGGCCCUGGACGAGCAGGCGACCAUCGAGCUGGAGGACUGGCUGUGCUGUCAGUACCUGGCCUCCUCGGAACCUGGGGCCCUGCAGCAGACACUCAGGCUGCUGCAGCCCCUGUGACCCCCUGGCCAUGAGUACCCGGAGUCUGCCUCUCCCUGCAUUAUCCCCACAGAGCCAGGAUGUGGAAACACAAUAGUCCUGUUGGAGGCAGAGUGUGCCCACUUGUAGCCAACUGCACACCAGAGCUGUGGCCCCCCACCAGGGCUCUUCCCAAGCCCCUGCUGUGGCAGACAGAACCUCCUUAGUGACCUAACUCCUUCUUUUGAUUGUUUGGUUGUUGUUUUUUAAUGGAACUUGUAUUUCAUGCCA